CGCUGGCGCGGUGGGGAUGCGAGGAUGGUGAAGAAGCCCAACGGGAACGUGGAGCUCGAGGCGUCUCUGAAUGGCGCCGGGUCGGCCCAAGCCGCUCGGGAGGUCCCGAGGAUCGGCUCGGUGUUGUCCACCGGGGACGAGGAGUCCUCCUUGGAACGCAGAAGUAGGUUCUCGCUCUUCAAGUGGUUCCGCAGAGGGUCUUCGAUUUCAAGAGGGCACUCUGUCGAGGUGGCCGACGUCAAGGCAGCCGUCGAGGGGGUCGACAGGUCGCAAGGAAGCGUCUGCUCGAGCAACGACAGCGUCGACACUCUGUGCAGCACCACGACGGUGAGGAGUUUCGCGUUCCACGCGGGUGCCCCGUCUCACCUUCAAGGUCUGGACGGAUUUUCGCUAGGUCUGGUGAGCCAGGGCGGAGAGGUCGGUCCGUUCGCCCCCGGGGCGUCCAAAGUGCUGGGGAAGAACGGCAUCGAGAGUUGCAACACCUUGCCUAACGUGAACAGCGGUCGCGGGGACAUCGGUACCAGGUACUCCCUCCAGACGUACAGCUUCAACUCCUGCGGGAGCUUGGCGAGGGUGAGGGAGCCUCGAAGAGCCGACACCGACACCGGGUCCAGGGGCAGGAGGGUACACGUGAAGGGGAAACGCAGAGCGCCGAACCCGCCGAUCCCCAGGUCGAGAAACCCCGUCAAUGUCGAGGUCUCCACCAGAAAUAGAGGCAGCGCUCGGCGCAAACGGCCCGCCCCUCCUCCUCCGGACAGGAACUCGACGACCUCCCAGGGGAGUCCUGAAGAUAAGAAAUUCAACACCUCGGACAUGGCGGACCUCUUCAAGGACGACAAGCUGCCCUCGAUAAGUAACGAUACCUUAGUCCUGAAGGGAGGGGUCCUCCUGUCGAAGAGGGAGGCGAGGUCGCCCUCUUUGCAGGACUCUUCGGCAUCCUCUUCGAUAGAGAAGACCCAGGGGAAUAAAGCAACCGCGACGCCCAGGAACGGUGCCAUGCUUCGUCCUUGGUACAAGCGCAGCGUGUUCGAGCACUCCAGGGAUCCUGGAAUUAACAGAAGAGGUGACAUCCUGAGGAGUCCAACGAACCUGGAGCAGGUGGCGACGAGUAAAACCUCCUCCUCGCGACCCCAGGAGAAAACCAGCUCUGAUUCCACCUUGUCCAGGUUGAACUUCUUCCACCGGGACCGGCAGACCGAAGAGCGCCGUAGAGAGGCUAAAAGGAAAUCCGGAUUGUCCAUCCUGGCCAACAUCAGCGAGCUGGACAAAGAAGCCGCCGCCAUCGUCCAGGAGGAGCAGGCCAGGGCGAGAGCCUCGAUGCUGCUGCAGUGCGCCAAGUUUUCGGAACAGGAGAAACGUCCCGAUAACCAGGAAGUCGUUCAGGAGCUCGUGACCUCGGCGAUGGAGAGUUCCCCUAGAAGGGGCACCCGGGCGUUGAUAUCGAAGUUUAACGCCAUCAGCAACAUCACCAAGGUCACGGUCAACACGAGCUUCUUCUCGAAGACGGGUCAGGAGGACUCGAAGACCGAAGGUGCACCAGGUGAGCGCCAGGACGACUGGAGGUGCAGGUAUCCUCUGUCCAGCAGCCCUGGAAGAACCUCCAGGGUCGACAGGGACCUCUCCAGGUACUUCCUCCCGCAGCCUCGGACGCCUAAAAAUGAAACGCCGAAUUUAGAGGAGAAGAAGAAAAUCACCGAGGAUGCCGACGCCAUGAAGGAGGUCAAGUAUCAAGCAGGAACCUCUCGAAACGGAGUGACCUCUUCGGGGCCCGAUUUUCAGAGCAUAUUCGACCUGAAGACCCUGGACACGAGGCACGCGAAGAAGACCCCGAAAGCCGAAGAGUCUACCAAGGAUGGGAAAUUAGUCGAGGUCAAAGUGGAAGGUAAUAAAAUAUUAAGUAGCCUCGCGAGGGCCGAAGCGUCUCCAAAAAUCGACGCGCCGAGGUCGCCGAUUUCCCGGUAUACGAGGAAAAUCGAAGAAGUCGAGGAGGCGUCGAAAGUAGAGAACAAAGGAGGAGUGAAGUCGACUCGGUCGAAUGAGAGCAACGAACCGAAAUCGGAGCCGAGGGGUCUGGAGGCGACGCAGAAGGAAUUUUUAGACAUCUUCAACGAGAUGAACCGACCUCUGCGCGCAAGGGGAAUCCAAGAUGGCGGAAAGGUGGAAGGUAAGCCCGAUGAGAAAUUGAAAAUAGGAAAGAGGAACGCCGAAGGGACGCCGAAAAUAGAUCGGAGGAGAAACGAGGGGGUAAAAAUAGACGGCAGGAACGAGGAGCGGCAGACUAUCAAGAAGGUGGAGAAGCGAAGAGAAGCGAGGAACGAUGAAGAGUCAAGAACGGACGCCAGGAAGGAGGAAUUCCCGAGGGUCGUGGAAAAUGAAAGCGGGACCGUCCAGGAAUUCGAGAAAAAGGAGAAGAAGAGGCCGAAGACGACGCUGAAGACGACGGAGGACCCCGCGACGACGGACUUGAAGGAGAUGCUGAAGGAGAUGAAGCAUUCCCUGCCGAAGAGGCCGAAGCCGAAGAGGUCCUCGAGCGAGGAUGCCGGGGGGCCAAAAUCGUCGUCCUCUUCUAGUAGCAGCAUCGCCGAGAGCAGGAUGAAUUUCCUGAGUGCUGUGCUGACUGCGCAUCCUCCGGAGAUUCGGGUGAUGAAUGAGCCCCUGCUCUUCAGGAACGAUAUUAAAAAGGAUAUUAAGAGCGAUAUCAAGGACGUACCUCUGAUCCCGAAGAGUGAACCAGUCCCCAAAUCCGACUCCCCUGUUUUCAGGCCUGAAAUGAAAUUAAUUCAGGGUGAACCGGUGGUUAAGGAUAAGACAACGUUGAUAAAAAAUCAGUCUUCGAUUAAAGACGACCUGGCGUUGCCGAAGAGCGACAGAGAAGACAGGCAGAAGGUGUCCUCGGCAGUGCAGACCAGUGGAAACGUGAGAAGAGUUAACCAGGGAGCCUCCACCUCAUGGAAACUCGAAGACGUGCUUUACACCACGGGUAGAAAGAGCCAGGGUGCCCCAGGACUCGUCAAGAACACCUUCCAGCUGAUAAGGCCGCGAGACUUUGCCAGGAUAGAGGCGGCGAAAAUGUCAAAAGACAAGAAAGAGAACACUUACGCAAACGUGAUGGACCAGUCGUUGUAUGCCAACGCUCUUGUCCUCCCCUCUAAAAAGGACGCGUCGAAUGUCAUUCCUUCCGUGGAGCGUGAUAAGGAUCUUAGAGAUGAUAAGGAUAAUAACAGCGCCAAGGACGUCAAGGAGGUACCUGAAGCGGCGAAGUAUAUCGAGGCGCCUUCGGGACGACCUGAGCCGGUAGAAGACGACGAGGACCAUUCUACCCUGCAGGACAUGAACACAUUGGCUGUGAAUCGGUUGCUGAAGAGGUUGGAGGCGGCCAUCGCGUCCGGUCGUCAUCAGCAAGCCGCAGGCCUUGCCAAGGAGUUGGCGAGGUUGAAAAUACACUGUUCCGUGAUUCGACAGAGAUUUACAAACGUUAAGAAUAUUGUAAACGUGAACAUGUACGUGGAGGACAAGCUGGCUCACCAAGGGCCUAUUCCGUUGUUGCUUCAAAGGAACAUGACGGUGGCGCAAUUGAAGAACAAAGUCUUCGCGGAAUUGGAGAUCCCGACGAGCGUGCAGCGGUGGAUAAUCGGCAACAACCUGGCGAACGACGAGGCCACCCUCGAAGAGCUGCAGAUCAGCGAGGGCGCACCUGUCUUCGUCUACCUCGUCGCGCCUGACAAGGUCGAAGAACCGCAAAACGAAGGCGCAGGGGGCAGAGCCCUUGAGGUCGACCAAGCCCCGGUCGCAGGGGUAGGCAAAGCCCCCGAGGAAGUCGAGAAACCCGGAGACGAGCAUCGGCACCGUGAAGAGGUACCCGAGGAGAUCGAAGUACCGCAACGAGUGCUCGAGGAGGAAUGCACUCCAGAAAAGUCGAGGAUGGUGGAGUACGAGGAGCUGAUGUCUCUGGAGAACUGCGACGUGAUUCCAAACUCGGAGGAGAUCGAGUGUCCUGUGUGUUUCGUCACUUAUGGACCUCGCGAGGGUGUCAUCCUGAGGGACUGCCUCCACAUGUUCUGCAGACCUUGCAUCGCUAACACGAUUCUGUACUGCGAAGAAGCGGAGGUAAAGUGUCCUUUCCGAAACACUGAGUACUCCUGCGACAGUACUCUUCAAGAACGGGAAAUCAAAGCGUUGGUCUCGCCGGAAGUCUACCAACAACACCUGGACAAGUCAAUAGCCCAGGCAGAGAAUAACGCCGGAAACGCGGCGUUCCAUUGCAAAACUCCGGAUUGCCCCGGCUGGUGCAUUUACGACGAUAACGUCAACAAUUUCCUGUGCCCGGUGUGCAACGUGAACAACUGCCUGACGUGCCAGGCGAUCCAUACGGGGAAGAAUUGCCGGGAGUACCAGGAGGAGCUCAGGUACUCCAAGGAGACGGACCAGGAGUCAAAGAUGACGGCAGCCAUGUUGGAGAAAAUGGUUGACCAAGGAGAGGCCUUGUCCUGUCCGACCUGUGCGGUCGUUCUUAUGAAGAAGUGGGGCUGCGACUGGCUUCGUUGCUCCAUGUGCAGGACCGAGAUCUGCUGGGUGACCAGAGGCCCGCGAUGGGGUCCCGGGGGAAGAGGCGACAUGUCCGGAGGGUGCCGAUGCGGAGAGAACGGCGUGAAGUGCCACCCUCGUUGCAAUUACUGUCACUGAAGGUGCAUCCAUUGUGCACAUUAGGAUCCAGGGCGUUCCUUCCCUCGAUUCCACGG